GGCUAGAGGAGAAACGAAGCAGCACCAGAAAGGAUCUGCUAUUUUUCUCGUCUCUGCUUUUAUUUGUAAAAAGGAGAUUCCGCUAAAGCAAAAACAAAUGAAGCUCAAACAACUAGAAAGUCUCUUAGGCGAUCUUCAACAAUUCUCAAACCCAAAGGUGGAACUCGAACAAUACCCAACUGGACCUCAUAUCGCUUCUCGUUUGCUUUACACUGCUGAGAAUUCAUUUGAUGAUAUUAGCAACAAGGUGGUGGCAGAUUUUGGUUGUGGUUGUGGCACUCUAGGUGCUGCUGCUGCUCUCUUGGGUGCCGAGCAGGUUAUUGGCAUCGAUAUUGAUUCUCAAUCUCUUGAAAUAGCUUCUAUGAAUGCUAAAGAUCUUGAGUUGGACAUAGAUUUUGUUCAGUGUGACAUCAGUAGUCUAGGAUGGAGAGGUCAAAUUGUUGAUACUGUUGUGAUGAAUCCUCCAUUUGGAACUCGAAAGAAGGGUGUUGACAUGGAUUUUCUAUUUGUGGCAUUGAAGGUAGCUUCUCGAGCUGUUUAUUCCUUGCAUAAGACCUCGACAAGAGAUUAUAUCAAAAGGACCGCCAAGAGGGACUUAAAUGCUAGCAGCGCCGAGGUCUUGUGUGAGCUCCGUUUUGGCGUUCCCCAACUAUACAAGUUUCACAAGAAAAAGGAGGUGGAUAUUGCCGUGGAUCUAUGGCGAUUCGUUCCAAGACGUAGUGGGGAAAGGACGAUUAACCUCCGAAGUGCAGUUUAAGACCAUGCUUGAAGAAUAACUUGUUUAUUUCUAGUGUGUUAAUUUCAGACACU